AUGCAGUUUGGUUUUAUGCCAGGGAAAGGAACAAUUGAUGCAGUGUUUAUUCUGAGGAGGAUGCAAGAGGAAUAUCGUGCAAAAGGGAAGAAACUGUAUAUGUGUUUUGUGGAUUUGGAGAAGGCUUUUGAUAGAGUCCCGAGGAAGGUGAUGGAGUGGGCAAUGCGGAAGAGAGGUAUACCAGAGGCAAUGGUAAGAGCAGUGAUGAGUUUGUAUGAAGGAGCAAAGACAAGAGUUAGAGUAGGAUCGGAGUUGUCAGAGGAGUUUGAGGUGAAGGUGGGUGUGCAUCAAGGCUCUGUACUAUCACCAUUGAUAUUUGCAGUUGUCAUUGAUGUAGUUACAGAGAGUGCAAGAGAAGGGUUGAUGAGAGAGAUGUUGUAUGCUGAUGACUUGGUCUUGAUGGAUGACACAAUGGAGGGAUUGAGGGAGAAGUUUGUAAAAUGGAAAAAAGCAUUUGAGAGUAAGGGUUUGAAGGUAAAUCUGGGAAAGACAAAAGUGAUGGUGAGUGGGACGGAGGAGAAAGCUUUGGUGAGUAAGGUUGACCCAUGUGGCAUGUGUGGAAAGAGGGUAAAGGUAAAUUCAGUGCGGUGUGUGAAAUGUGGGAAGUGGAUACAUGGGAGAUGUGCAAAGAUAAAGAGGGUGACCCAAAGAUUGGCAAGGGAUUUUGCGUGUGGAAGAUGUAAGAAUGGAGUUGGAAGGGUGGUGGAACAGGAAGAAAAGUUGUGUGAUGAGGUUGAGACAGUGAAGGAGUUUACAUACCUGGGGGACAAGGUAAGUGUGGGUGGGGGGUGUGAGGCGGCUGUGACAGCUAGAGCAAGGUUUACUUGGGUGAAGUUUAGGGAAUGUGGAGAGCUACUAUAUGGGAAGAGAUUUCCCUUGGAGAUGAAAGGAAUAGUUUAUAAGAGUUGUGUGAGAUCAGCAUUGCUAUAUGGGAGCGAGACAUGGUGUUUGAGUGAAAAUGAGUUGGGUAUUUUAAGGAGGACAGAGAGAGCGAUGGUGAGAGUGAUGUGUGGGGUGAAGUUGAUGGACAGAAAGAAAACUAAGGACUUGAUGCAGAUGUUGGGUUUGAAUGAAGCAAUAGAUCGGUUGGUGAAGGCAAAUGGGGUACGUUGGUAUGGGCAUGUGCUGAGGAGGGAGGAUGGGCAUGUAUUAAGAAGGGCCCUUGAUUUAGAGGUGAGCGGUCCAAGGAAAAGGGGAAGGCCAAAGAAGACGUGGAAGAUGCAAGUGGAGGAGGAGAGUGGGAAUGUUGGGAUGAGGAUGAGGGAUGCUUUAAAUCGUGCAAAGUGGAGGGAGGGG